UAUUUUUUUCUUCUGAAAAAACGGGAACGAGAAGCGAGCGAUUGCGAUCGCGAGCUGAACCCCCUUUUUUUUCUCUUAAUUAUAAAAAAGGAUUCCUCCUCUGUCCUCUGAUCUCUAAUCCUACGAUGUUGGCGGCAUUGCGAUCGCGAGUAAUCUCGGGCUCCCUCUUUCCUCCGUGCCCUCUCCAUCGCCCAUGGAGGCAGCUAGGGUUUCUCCUCCGCCCAGCGUCCACCUCCUCCUCCUCGGCCAACGGGAAACUAGGGAUCCUCGAUCUUGAGGAGGUCGAGAAGGUGCUGAGCGACGUCAAGGCCGAUGAUGUCCGGGUCAUCCCUGUCCGGAACCAGUGCGACUGGACGGACUACAUGGUCAUCGCCACCGGCCGCUCCAACUGGCACGUCAGGAACAUCGCGCAGGCCUUAAUCCACAAGGUAAAACAAAAGCAAAAGGGAGCUGAGCGAAUGCUGCUUCCAAGUGUAGAAGGCCAUGGAGGAGGAAAAUGGAUUGUCAUUGAUUCUGGUACUGUGAUAGUUCAUGCACUUGAUGAGAAGGCAAGAGCAUACUAUAAUUUGGAAAGCCUUUGGACAACAGAGAUUUCUCCCAAGGGACCCAGCCAGGAUUUGGAGAAAGCCAUUGUGAAAACUCGACGUAGGAACAACUCGAAAAAACCAAUGAAGAGUGUUCACUGAUCUACUCUAUUUCAACGAACCAGUUGUGAAUUCCAAGAUGCCAUCAUUCCAGCGUCCUGGUUAACAUCUCUGAUUGGAAGUGUAUUUAGUCAACCUUUUGCAAUUGUUGUGCUUCGUUAAUGAAUAUUUGGCAGUUUCUUGUCCAAGUUGCAUUGGAACUAUAUUUUGGUGUAUGAUGACGUAUAAUUAUCUCGUCUCCAAGCUGAAAAUAAGGAUGAGUCAGUCUUGAUUGGAAGGGAAAA